GCUUACGUCUUUGCAUUAACCGCGAGUCCUUUUUCUUUCCUCCCCCCUGAUGCUUGUGCUUUUUACUCUGUCGCAGAGAACUGGCCGGCGCCACAAGACUCCAAACAAGUUUCAAAGUCCAAUCUCAACAAACUCGGUGAGCGAGAGCCAAGCGACGCGAACUGCUGAGCUGGGAAGAAGUGUAGAGGCACGCAGUGUACCGGCUGCCUGCUGUAUUUUUUUUUAAUAUACCUGGAACUGAGAGCUGGAACCUUGGACAAGGUCCUGUGUGCAUGUCUUAGAAUGAGAAGGUAGAAAUAACUUACAUGGAACUCUUAUGUCAUAUCUCACUGGAAAUCAGUGACAUUGCUUUGCCAGCAAGGCGUGCCUGUUCUCAAUCUCUGCAAGAAAACUGCCCCUCUUUAAAAAAAACAUUGUUUUUCAAAUAUAUAUAUAAUAGUUUUUAAAACCCCCAUUCUGGGGUGGAGAGUUCUGGUUCACGCCACCGGCACCCACUCUGGACAACAUGCACACACAACUGUCUGGAUUCAGUUAACUGGAUCAUUGUGGAAGGAGAGAGAGGAGAAAAACACCAAGAUUCCUUAUGAAGGAAGCAAAUACUUUGAUAAACAUCGUUAUUUUCCUGCAGUUCUUUCUGCUCAAUAUUAUUGGAGGACCUAUAUGCAAGACUGGGAACCCAGUGACUGAUGACAUAAGACGCAUUGAUGAGCUGGUUGGGAACUUGCCGAGUGAUUAUAAAAUCCAGAUAAGAUAUAUUUCUAAAGUCUCUAAUGUGACUGAUACAUGUUGGCUUCAUCUAACAGUGCCUGAAAUGUCCUUCAGCUUGGAUGCUCUUUCAGAAAAGUUUGCCAAGAAUUCGUCCAAUUAUUUAAUUAUCGAGAAUCUCCACCGGAUUCUGCAUGGCAUUCACAACUGUCUGUCUGAGGAUGGGAAGGAUUACGUGGAUGAAUCUGAAUUCAAUUGUGAAAAAUCCGACCUGGUGCCUAAGCAAUACUUUACUUACUUCAACGAAAUUAUUAGCGCCUUCCAGUCUGCAGGGGACAGCAGCCCUUGUGACUCUGAAGUGGUCUGCAGGAUGGAAGGGCCAGACACAGGGCGUGGCUCCAACUCUACCUCACAUACUCUGGAGCAGACAAAUAAAACCUGUGUGCCUAGAUGUGAACGCACACUACCGGAGCUUGGUAGACUGGUCCGUGCUAAAAGACACUCUCUCAGAGCCAAGGAGCUACAAAAUGGUUUAAACCGUUUCAAGGAAGGUUGCCCGCAUUGUGAAACAGUCAUGGGCUAUUUACCUACGAUAUUAAUCGCUACUGCUUGCACUGUGAGCGCCAUGUUGAUUCUCGUGUGCCUGAUUGUCCAGCUACAGAAGCACCAGAGAAGAAACAGCACCAGUCAAAGUUAUCAGACAGACAUCGAGAGUGAACGGCAAAGGGAGGAGAAUGAACAAGCAGUCCAAUUCAUCGCUGGAAAUGAAGAUUCUUGUACAUAAAGUUAUCGGUCAAUGAUGUGGCACAGUUUUGUUUGGUUUCCGAACUGGUCCAAUAUUCUCUACAGCUGUAUUAUUUCCAUUUGACAUGAAGCAAGGGACAGGACUGAUGUGACGUUGUGCUGGCAUCUCCUUUGGUGCACUGGUAACAGGAGGUGCUCCAAAUCAGGUGUUGGACGGGCAACCUUAGCUGAAGGGAGUUCACUCCCGUUCUCCAUGUGGAAUUCAUUCCUUAUCAUCCACAACUAGCAAUGAACCUACAUCGUAUCGCGCCUUCCCAUCAGCCCGAAUAUCACAACCAAGACUUUAGAUUGAAACGGAUGGUGGAACUAAGGAGAGUCUUGCACCCACUUUCAUGGUGUCAAAGAAUACUUUGGGUUCCAGCACCACAAUCUGUAGCCAAACAUGGCGGCAGGGCGGAUGUCGGAUCUACGCUUUACACUUUGAAUGAUGCAACGCGGAAGGAGGCCAUUCGGCCCAUGAUGGCCGUGCUGGACUUUGCACAACCCAUUACAUACACGUUGAGCUUAAAUGUACGGGCAACAUCGCAGGUGGAGUCCCAUUGGGAAGGGUUGCAAGUGAACGAGCUGCUCUGGGUCAGAAGAAUUCGGCCCUAGGUUGGAUUUUCUGAAUGCUCGAUUGUCUUAAACUCUGCCUAGCUGAUAUUAUAGCUGACGUGGAAGUAUGAAGGUAACUUGGAAAUACAGUUCACUCCUACAUUACCCUAAGCAGGAGGGUAACAGGAAACCAUUUUAAAGCCAUAUGAACGCACCAAGAUCUGGAAUGGAUAACCCUGGAACAUUUGCUGGCUCUUUCCUGACCAGUCCUGUAGAUAUAUCUAUUAAGAACCAGUUAUUUCCCUUUGUAUAUUAUAGUCUAUGUUUAUAAAAUGAAUGGGUCACGAUAA